AUGAAUACGAUUUUGGACACCUCCAUAUUUUGGGGAAAUUUUCUAUAUUAUUUUUUAGAAUCUUUAGUUUACAGGAUAAUUCCCAAGAAGAAAAAGAAUGUUGCUGGAGAGAUUGUCCUUAUAGCAGGAGCUGGAAGUGGACUUGGGAGGUUAUUGGCCAUAACAUUUGCCAGCCUUGGAGCCAUUUUAGUUCUAUGGGACAUUAACGAAGAAGGCAACAUGGAAACAUGUCGAAUGAUCAAAGAAAAGGGUGAUGUGAAAGUAUUUGCCUACGCAUGUUACUGUGGCAACAGGCAAGACGUCUACAGAGUUGCUGAUCAGGUUAAAAGGGAAGUGGGCGAUGUGAACAUCCUCGUUAACAAUGCAGGGUUCCUGACAGGAAAGCUGUUUCUCAAUACGCCAGAUCACAUGGUGGAAAGAUCGUUUCUUGUAAAUGCCCUGUCUCACUUCUGGACUUGUAAGGCCUUCCUUCCUGCCAUGCUUAAAGCUAACCAUGGUCACUUAGUCUGUAUUUCAAGUAUAGCAGGAGUAGUUGGUAUCAAUGGACUAUCGGAUUAUUGUGCAAGGAAAGUUGCAGCUUUUGGCUUUGCAGAAUCUCUCUACCUUGAAUUAAGACUACUACAAAAAAGUAACGUUAAAGCCACCACUGUUUGCCCAUAUUUUGUCAACACUGGAAUGUUUGAUGGCUGUACAACCAAGUAUCCACUUCUGCUGCCUAUACUGGAGCACGAGAAUGUUGCCCCAAAAGUUUUAAAUGCUAUUUCAGAGGAACAGGUUUACUUGAUAAUGCCCACAUUUUUGCAUAUUGUGUUGUUCCUUAAACAAAUAAUAUCUCUAGACAUGAUGAUCACCCUUGCCGAAACAUUGGAAUGGACACUUCUGUGGCUUCGUUGA